AUGUUUUCAUCAGCUCUGAAAUCGUUUAGUUCCAAUAUAUCAGCCAAUUAUCAAAUUUCUCCGCAACCCGCAGUGAUCUCUGGUCCUUGGAAAGUUCAUGAUGGAAAGAAAAAGUCCACCGGCACCUCGGCCUCCAUUUUCAUCUUUGACAAGAAGUCACUCGAGUCACGCCCGAGCGGUCUAGGUGGUCGUUCCUCCUCUUCGGCAAAGAAAUUGCACGAGGAUGUCGUUGAACGACUUAAACGGGAAGCUGGUAGCCUGACACGGCUCAGACAUCCCUCUGUGCUCCAGGUUCUAGAGCCCGUGGAGGAAACCCGUGGUGGUGGUCUCAUGUUUGUGACUGAACAAAUAACCACCUCUCUUGCUAGACUCCUGCAAGAGAAAGAUGCGCAAGAAAGCAAUUCGAGGUUGGGCUCGAGGCCUAGCCGUUACAUGGUAGAAGAACCUGACGGAACCCGAAGGCGACGAGAUUUGGAGAUUGAUGAGCUAGAAAUUCAAAAGGGACUUUUGCAAGUUGCCAAGGGCCUCGAGUUCCUUCACGAAUCUGCGGGUCUUGUACACGGCAAUCUUAACCCCGAGGCCAUCUUUAUCAAUGCCAAAUCCGACUGGAAGAUAUCAGGCCUUGGGUUUGCCGGCCCACCCAACUCCACAGACUCUCGGUCCUCUCUUCCACCUUUAGCUUUGUCAGAAGUCCUUUACCAGGACCCUCGCCUCCCUCCCUCCGUCCAACUGAAUCUGGACUAUACGUCACCCGACUUUGCAUUGGACUCCAAUGUAACUACUUCUGCGGACCUGUUCUCCCUUGGGAUUAUCAUCGUAGCUCUAUAUAAUUCCCCGCACGUCUCUCCGCUCCAGGCUCAUUCGAAUCUCAACUCAUACAGAAAAUUACUCAGCUCUCCCUCUACGACGCCAUCACAAGGCAAUAAUUUUCUUUGCUCGGGCACCAUUCCGAAGGAACUCAUUACACACGUACUACCCCGGUUAAUAACUAGACGACCAGCGCAGCGUUUGAAUGCCCGUGAAUUCCAGCAAUCACAAUAUUUCGAUAACAUUUUAGUAUCAACGAUCCGUUUCUUGGAGUCCUUGCCAGCUAAGAAUCAGAAUGAGAAAUCGCAAUUCAUGCGCGGGCUGCAGCGGGUUAUCUCAGAAUUUCCAGUGUCCGUGUUGGAAAGAAAAGUGCUGGGUAUAUUGUUGGACGAGCUGAAAGACCGUGAACUCCUACCCCUCAUCUUGCAGAAUAUCUUUGCGAUCCUCCAGCGCAUUCCCAAUGCACGUCGUACACUCCCAGAGAAGGUAAUUCCUCGAAUCAAAGAGCUGUUUCCGACGGACAAAGCUGCUGUUCAUGAACGUGAUUCUAAGAAAGAUGCGGGCCUCAUGGUUGUUCUUGAACACAUGAAAACCGUGGCAGACAACUGCUCUGGAAAGGAGCUAAAAGAGGAUAUCUUGCCACUAAUCCGGCUAGGUCUAGACUCACCUACUCAUUCCUUGGUAGAUGGGGCUAUUAAAUGCUUGCCUGUCAUCCUUCCAAUACUUGAUUUUAGCACCGUCAAGAACGACGUCUUCCCUCCAAUCGCUUCUACAUUUAGUCGAACAAACAGCCUUGCUAUUAAAGUACGAUGCCUGGAAGCAUUCACUGCGCUGUGUGGUGGCUCUCUAAAUGAAGGAGGGCCGGUCGAAGAUGACUUGUCUGGAUUGGUCCAGAAAGGCAACUCACAGCCGAUCAGGUCAUCUAUUUUGGACAAGUAUACGAUCCAGGAAAAACUCGUCCCAUCACUUAAAGCGAUCAAAACGAAGGAGCCGGCUGUCAUGAUGGCGGCCUUGCAUGUGUUUCAACAGAUCGGCACGAUUGCUGAUACCGAAUUCCUUGCUCUGGAGGUCCUGCCAAUCCUGUGGAACUUCAGCCUAGGACCACUUCUCAAUUUGCAUCAAUUUGGUGAAUUUAUGAACCUUAUUAAAAGCAUAUCUUUGAAGAUCGAGCGUGAACAAAGGAAGAAACUACAGGAGCUCUCUUCGGGAACAGACUCAAGUGGGUUCCAAAACGGCGCGGGAAGUUCCUCGAAGAUACCCAAUAGCUUAACACAAUCUAAUGUGGACUCUACGAGAGAUAACUUUGAGCGCCUUGUUCUUGGGCGGGGUCCCGAUGCUUCAAGCUCCAAGGAUACUGAUCCCUGGAGCAGUAUGCUCUCGGAGGAGGCGUCUGCUCAAAAGCAAUCACCCGCAGCAUUCUCGUGGUCAACAAAUGUGGCUGCAUCGGCUGGCAGAGGCAAUGCCCCGUCGGGUGCUUCAAGCCUCAGUAUGCGCUCCAUUACACCUGAUUAUAACUUACACUCGUUUCCCUCGCUGGAGCCUACCGCUAGGCAACGAUCCUCUCCACGCCCGCCUUCCCCACCUUGCAAGCAACAUCACCUGAUACUUGGAAUGCGCCAAGCUAUCCGAAUAGCCAGAAUCCUGUGUCUGGUCCAUCCUUAG